AUGGGAAACACAGUCCAGAGUCCUCGCGGCCGACACUACGGCUACUCCAGCAUGCCGAGUGGACCCCGGCUGGAUUCGCCGCUCCACAUGAACGCACGCUGCGGCGGAGGCUGCCCAUACCCCGCCUUGUCUUCGGAGAGUCGAUACAGCAUGAUGUGUUGCCAGUCCAAUGGCCGAAAGAUGGAACAGUUCAAAACCCGAGAGGAGGCUCUUGCGACGGCGCGUUUUUACCGGGACCGGAACUUCGACUUGGCCUUGCACGCAUACAGCGCAGCCUUGGAUUUCCCGUCGGCGAGUGCGACUCCGCACAGCGCGCCAGGUAGACGCCGCGUGGAGAUCAUCCAGCUGUCAGACGACCUGCGCGGGCCCCGGGCGACUGACGAGGCCUGCGAGAAGAACUCGUGCGGGGACUACCAGCGGGACGCGUCUUUGGCGAAGGCCGAGAUCUGCAGCGCGUCCACGGCGUUGUCUGUGGGAGGCAGCAACUCGCGGCUGCAGUCCGAAGAGCUCGAAGGGCCGUUCGAAGAGAAAGGGGAGUCAAGUGCGGGGCGCGCGGCUUCCCUGCCUGCCGGCGUCUCCCUCAUUGUGCCCCUGGAGCCGCGCGAGGACGCGCCUCCCAGGCUCGGCGCUGGACGGUUCUUCCAGAGCAGUUCGAGCUCACUUGCCCUCGAGUGCGCAGCGGCUGCAGGAGCUGAGAACGAGGCGGACCUCUCGAACGCAAAGAUCUGCGACGAAAUCGCCCAACUGUACCUCUCGCGCGGAGACAAAGAGGACGCACUGCGGUACUACAACCGCGCCGUCAACCUCGCCCCCUCAGUCGUCGUGUUCAUCUACCGCCGAGGCGUCGUUUUGCAGCUCCUCGGCCAAGAGGAAGCGGCUGUCCUCGCCUUCCGACGCGCGCUGCAGGUUGACCCCGACUAUAAGGCCGCGCUGUUCAAUCUCGGCACCUGCCUCAUGCGUAGAGAAGAAGGCCGCGAGGAGGCACUCUGCAUCUUCCAAAAACUCGCGGCGCUCGAGCCCGCCGACGACCAGGUCUUGUCGCUUGUCGCGCACUGCUACGAGAUGGACAGUCGAUUCGAGGAGGCUCUGGCGUACAGGCAGCGAGUCGUCCAGCUGGAUCCACAGAACUUCCGCGCAAACCGCGAACUGAAGCAACUGAAGCAGCAGAUUUCGAAGGAGAAUGGCCACUUUGGCGCGGCAAGGCUCAGGAAAGCCACCACCGUCAGUUAA